UCAACAUUUGACGACUGAGAACAAAUAUUUGAACCAACCACAGGGCUUCUUCUCCAGAUCUGUUGAAAUGGCUGAUGUGUUCAGGGGCCUGAACCUCCUUGAGACCCUGAAAGAGUCCAUAGAGAGCAAUAAGUUAUCAGAUGUGAAGGAUACAGUGGAAGAUCUCCUGAUCAGCAGGAUCAAUUUAGCUGUGGUGGGGGACCGUGGGGAUGAAAAAGCCACCUUUAUGAACUCCCUUCGUGGCCUCGGCCCUGGGGAUGAUGGAGCAGCUCCGUCUCCAUCCCCUGUUGCCCCAGAGGAAGUGGCAGGCUACCCUAACCCUAAACACCCUGACUUCCGCCUGUGGGAUCUGCCACCGGUCCCAUCCACCUCUCCAUUUGAACCCGAGGGAUACAUGGAUAGAGUCAAGUUCCUCCGCUACAAUGCCGUCUUCAUGACAUUCACACAAACACCCCACCCCAACAGUGUGGAGGUGUUCCUGGAGGCCCGUUCACUGCAGCAACAAACCGUGUACUUUAUACUCUUAGCCUUAGCAAAAGACACAGACAAAAGCCUAGAAGAAAAAAGGAAAGCCAGUCUGGAAGUGCUGACAUCACAAGGUGUGGUACAACCUAAGGUCUACCUGGUGAGCCCUUCCACUCUGGAGAAGUUGGACUUCCCUGGCCUGUUGGAGGACAUGGGAAGAGACCUUCCAGAGAUCCGGGCCCACGCACUACUCUUGGCUCUACCGACGCUGACCUCCAACCUGGUCAUUCAGAAAAAGGAGGCAUUCAAAGCACUAGUGUGGGCAGCUGCCUCUCUGUCUGGCGGGGUGUCAGCUAUUCCUGUUCCCUUUGUGGCCUCCAUGGUGGAUUCAAGCAUAGCAGUGCGGAUUCUAACCAAAACACAGUUAUCUCUGUGCCUGGACAAUGAAUCGGUUGAGCGACUGGCCCGACAGCGAGGCAUGGAACCCAUGAGCCUUAAAGGGCUGCGAACUUGUGUGCUGUCAGUGGAGGUCACCAAAGGAGAAGUAAAAAAGCGGCUGGCGGCGGCAGAAAAGGACUUAGCCACAGCUUCGUCAAAGCUAGUGGAGAUGGCGAUGCCCAGACAUGCCCGCUCCGUCAGCCGCUCCUUCACUGCCAUGCUGCAAGCCUUAAAUGGCGCCAUUGAUGAAAUGGCGGCUGAUGCUGAGAAGAUAGUGAAUGCUGCUCUUGGGGAGGGGAAGUGAAGUCAAACAUUUUACUGUUGGUUAAUGUUUCCUGUUUAUGUAUGGUUUAACUUAACUUUGAUGUUUUGGGCUUUAAGAAAUGCACUAUUUCUACAAUACCUCAAAUCUUUUUGUACAUUUUCUGUCUUUAUGAUAAGUUUG